AUGGCGCACGAUAUAUACCAUUUCACGCUAGAGGGUGAAUGGUGUAAAGUUGUGUUGGCGUACAAGGACAAAGAAAAUAUUCACACCAUGCCCAUCAACCGCUCCGGCGACACCGCGUUGCACGUUGCUGCGAACGACAACAAAUCAUACGCCGUUCAGCAGCUGGUGGGUGAAAUUAAGAACAAGGAGGCGGAGAGUUUGAUGGAGGUGCUGAAACAAAAGAAUGUUUCAGGGGACACAGCGUUGCAUUGUGCAGCAUCCAUAGGGUCGCUCCAGAUGUGUGAGUGCAUCAUUGAAGCUGAUCACCAUCGUCAUCAAGGACACAAGUUGAUUGAAGAACGGAACAAUAAUGGAGAGACUCCUCUGUUCUUGGCUGCUUUAAAUGGACAUAACGAUGUUUUCUUUUACCUCCAAUCUCGUUGCGCCGACAAGUCUCUUGGGCCAUGCAGAAGAGCAAGCGAUGGCCAGACAGUCCUUCAUUGCACCCUCAGCCGAGACUACUUUGCAUUGGCAUUUGAAAUCAUUCACAUGUACGAUAAGGAAAUUGUGGGCUCCGUGGAUGAAAAGGGAAUUACCCCUCUCCAUAUCCUAGCCGACAAACCUUCUGCCUUCGAAAGCAGCAGCAAUUUUAGAUGGUAUACCAAGUUGGCAUACAAGUGCAUAUACGUGAAACCGUUGAGGAGCAUCAGCCCACUAUUCUAUCGGUCAAAAUUAUGUCGAGGAGCCCAGACUGCUCUUCCAGAACGUAAAGCGGACGCAGAAAACCCAAGUGAUUACAUCAAUGAAUAUAGAAGGGUUCCUCCAAAUUAUUGGACAUGUUGUGACAUUUUCAUCACCUAUUUUAUUGGGCUUGUCUUGGAAGCAUUUGGAUUAUUAAGGAUAUUAAAGAGUUUGUGGAAGAAGAAACAAAAGCAUGUCUGGUGCGCUCUAAUACUGGAUGAACUUUGGAAGCAUAAAAAUGAAGCAUACAUUGGAGGUGGCCUCAAAGCCUUUUGGAUAUCCAAACCUAGUUGUACGGCCAAUGUCGACCGAAAAGAGGAGGAUAAAAGUGAACAGGGGAAAGAUGAGUCAGCAUUGUUUAUUGCAGCGAAAAAUGGGGUGUUGGAAAUAUUGAAGAAAAUUCUGAAAGACAAACCAGGGUCGAUCCACGAAACUAACUCGCUAGACCAAAAUGUAUUGCAUGUGGCUGUUGAGAACAGGCAACCUCACGUAUUUAAGCUUCUGACGAAGCACCUCCGGGAGAAGAUGUUGUGGGAAAACUUCGCCGGACGUGUCGACAAAAACGGCAACACCGUCCUCCACUUGGCGGCACAAUUCUCCAGUUGCAAGCCCUGGCACAUUGCUGGUUCUGCCUUGCAAAUGCAAUGGCAAGUUAAAUGGUUUCUGUUUAUGAAGGAGAACACGCCUCACCAUUUGCGGUUUCUCCAAAACCAUAGCAACGAGACACCGCAGGACAUUUUCGUAAGUGCUCACAAGGAUCUUGUGAAAGAAGGCACCGACUGGCUCAAGAGCACGUCGGAGUCGUGCUCCGUCGUGGCUGUGCUUAUUGCAGGUGUGGCUUUUGCGACGGCCACCGCUAUCCCCGGCGGUACUCAGGAGGAGACCGGAAAACCUAACCUGCAACACCACCCGGCGUUCAACUUGUUUGCAUUCACAUCCCUCUUGGCUCUCUGCUGCUCCAUCACCUCUCUCAUCAUGUUCCUCUCCAUCCUCACUUCCCGCCAGCAGCCUCGAGAUUUCCGCAGAGAUUUGCCUCUCAAACUUCUUUUGGGGUUGAGUUGCCUCUUCAUGUCCAUCGCUUUAGUCUUGGUUUCUUUCUCUGCUGCGUUCUUCUUUUUGCUCAAGGACAACCUCCAGCAGGUUGUUUUCCCGCUCUAUGCUGUCACUAUCUUGCCUGUUACUUUCUUUGGCGCCGCUCAAUUGCCUCUCUACAUCGAUCUCGUCAGAGCAAUUUUCUUAAAGGUUCCCCAGUCCUGUAAUAGGGAAUCUGAAAAGCUUAUUCUCUUAGACUCUUACCAUUAAGGUUUGUAAUUUGCCAUUCUCUAAUAUUUUUUA